UUGUAUGCAUCGGAUUAGGAUUUAUGCAUUAUAAAGCGAUCGUGUGUUGAAAGUCGUUGAGAAAGCCAUACAUCCAACCGACAGUGAAAAGUUAGGCAAGUUGCUAAAACAAAAUGUCGACUUUUAUGAGAGACAUACUCAAGGAAGAAUUUAAAAAGUAACCGACCCUAGUGUGUGAUGAAUGAUUUCACAGACAGCGUAGACUACAAGUAAACCCAGGCUGACGUGCUCUUUGUGGGAUCGUAAUGACUUUAGGCUAGCUAUAUAGUUAGUGCUUUUCAGAUUUAAAGAAAAAUACGGAUAAGAACAUAAACUGAAACAAAAAAGGCUAACGGAUAAAGGUGAUCAUUUCGAACAUAAUUUGAUUUUGUUUUCAAAUGAUGUUAUAAAUAUGCCAUUGUAUAUUUCAGGUUUAAGAAUAAAAGUCUUUUCAUUUGUUUUAUUGAGAAUAAUUUACUUAUAGCCUAAGCACAAGUUCUUGCGUAUGUGUAAUAGUAUGGGUCUGAUUUAAGCAAAUGUUCUGUUCCUGUUACAUUCAUCCCCAUACAACUCACCGCAGGUUGGGUUAGGCUAGGUUGUAACAGUGGCACUCAUUGUAUUUGACAUUAACGCAUUCUGUGAUAUUGUAGAUGAUGUCUAAAUGACUAGUAUUUGUAACAGAUACAUGUGGGUAGCUUAUGUCAAGGUUUGAGCUUAAACACUCAUUGAGUUAUACGUGUUGGAGCAAAACAUGUCACAAUUGUCCCAGGUCUCCACUACAUUAGUUUAACAACUGCGGACCAAUACGCAUCCAGGAAGAGCCUCUGCCGGACUGUCCGGUUCAAUUACCGGUUCAACCUACUUCGGAUGUGCUAUGGUAUUGGCUAAUUUGUUGUCACUCAGUCUUGUUCGUGGCUUUUUUCGACAUCGUGGCGGCACCAGGGACCGGCACGUAAGUGGUCAGAAGCCCACAGAGCUAGUGUAGAUGAGCGUUAGAUUCUAGUGAAUUUAUUGUUUCAAUUUACAAAAGCGAAGACUGAAGAGGACUCGUCGUAAUUAUUCCCCACGGGAAAAUGACACCAUAUGUCACCCUUGCCUUUCUGGUGACAUCUGUCUUUUUCAAGACAAUAGACGGGAAAAAAGAUGACAUGCUUUACUGUUCAGCUUGCAGGGCAAUUGUAGAUGAACUGAAUUUCUCAAUCAGUGAAGUGGACCCAAAGAAGACCAUUAAUGUGGGGAGCUUUAGACUUAAUCCUGAUGGGACCCUAACUGACCGAAAGGUUCCCCUUGCAAGAUCUGAAACUCAUAUAACGGAGUUGCUGGAAGAGGUUUGCAAUAAGAUGAGCGAUUAUGCCCUUCACGUGGACCCAGAUACAGAAGAAAAGAGUUACAAAAGAUUUGCUCCAAGAAAUGACAAAAGUGGUUUUCCAGAUUUCAAAAAUUUUCAGUUUAAUGGUCCAGAGGGUUCAAAUUCUUUGAAAUUUGCUUGUGAAAGCAUGGUUGAAGAGUAUGAAGAUAAUAUUAUUUCACUAUUUACCCAAGAGACAGAUGGUGUGGCUGACAAAUUGUGCAAUGUAAUAUCAGCUCACUGUAAGGGCAGCACAUACCAACAUGGAGAGCUGUAGUUUCUACUGAAAAUGAAGACAAAAGUACAUGCAACAAUCUAUUUGGACGAUAAAUAUGGCUCAUCACCUGCAAAUUAAAAUGCUAAAUUGACUUAUAAUAAUAAAGUCCCAGUUUUAAA